UGGAGGUGAAGCUUGUUCUGCUGCUGAGUUGAACGGACUGUGUGCUAGUCAGAGGGAGAUGGACAGCUGGGUGGCUCUCAUUCUUCUGUCCUCCACAAUCACACUCACCACAGCUGACAGGGUGAGGUUGGUGGAUGGUGGCAGUCGCUGUACUGGGAGAGUGGAGGUUCUUCAUGAUGAUCAGUGGGGAACAGUGUGUGAUGACAGCUGGGAUAUGAGUGAUGCUGCAGUGGUGUGUAGAGAGUUGAACUGUGUAGAUGCUGUAGCUGCUCUGAGUAAUGCUUACUUUGGACGAGGAUCAGGACCAAUCUGGAUGGAUGAUGUGGGCUGUAAUGGAUCAGAGUCUACACUGCAGAACUGUAAAUCAAGAGAUUGGGGUAAACAUAACUGUAACCAUGAUGAAGAUGCUGGUGUCAUUUGUUCAGGUAAUCUUCACUUCAGGCUGGUUGGUGGUUCUCGCUGCUCUGGGAGAGUGGAGGUGCUUCAUGGAGAGACCUGGUCCACAGUGUGUGAUGCUGACUUUGACCAGUGGGAUGCAGAGGUUGUGUGUCGAGAGCUGGGCUGUGGGCUUCCUGUGGAGGUGCUGGGAGCAGCUGCUUUUGGCAGAGGGGAGGGUCAGGUGUGGUCAGAGGAACUUCGGUGUAGAGGCAACGAAUCUCAGAUUCACUUCUGUCCAACAUCACCUUCACUCAAACACAACUGCUCCCAUGACAGUGAUGUGGGUCUGGUGUGUGCUGGUCACACUCAGGCUCAGCUGGUGAACGGAUCUGACUCCUGUUCUGGUCGAGUGGAGCUCCAGUACCUCAGUGAGUGGGGCACAGUGUGUGAUGUAAGCUGGGAUAUGAGAGCUGCCAGUGUCCUCUGUGGUCAGCUGAAGUGUGGGAGUGCUGUGGCUGUGUUGGGGUCAGACUGGUUUGGGGAGGGGACUGGCCAGAUCUGGGCUGAUGUGUUUGACUGUCAGGGGAACGAAACACACCUGUCAAAAUGUCCCAUUUCAUCAUGGAGUCGAACUGCAUGCUCUCAUAAACAGGAUGCUGGAGUCAUCUGCAGUGAUUCCUCUCUGGUGUUUCAUGAGGGGCGAGUGCGGUUGUCUGGAGGGAUGGAGUGUGAGGGGGAGGUGGAGGUGUACUUCAGGCAGGACUGGAGGAGAGUUCUGCUGGACUCCUGGAGUGAGUCUGAGGCCUCUGUGGUCUGCAGACAGCUGGGCUGUGGCUCUGUGGUCAGCUUCUCCAGCUCUUCUACAUCCAGUCCUGAACACAGACACAUGUGUGUGACAGGUUUCAAUUGUUCUGGGAGUGAAGCUCAUCUGGGGAACUGCAGCAGCGCACAAGCAAUCAACUGCAGCUCCAGAGAACAGCUCUCAAUCACCUGCUUUGGUAAGUUUAAUCCAGCUCACAGCUCCGUCAGGCUAGUUGGUUCUGGGGGAGACUGUGCAGGAAGGCUGGAAGUUUUCCACAGCGGCUCAUGGGGGACAGUGUGUAGUGACUUGUGGGAUGUUGAGGAUGCGCAGGUGGUGUGCAGACAGCUGCAGUGUGGAGUGGCCCUCAGUGCUCUGGUACCAGCCCAGUUUGUACCUGGAACUGGACCCAUAUGGCUGAAUGAGGUGAUGUGUGAGGGGAAUGAGACGUCCCUGUGGAACUGCAGAUUUCAGCUGUGUGGAGAGGAUGAAUGUGGACACAAGGAUGAUGUAGGAGUCGUGUGCUCAGAGUUUAAAGAGAUCAGACUCACUGAGGGCUGUGAGGGGAAUCUGGAAGUGUUCUACAAUGGAACCUGGGGUAAUGUGUGUGUAAAUGGGAUGGAUGAAGAAACAGUGAGUUUAAUCUGUCAAGAGCUGAACUGUGGAAGAUCUGGCAGUGAGUCUUGGGCCAAAGCAAGAGUGGAAUCAGCUCCUAACUGGCUGGAUGAUCUGAAAUGUAGGACACACGACUCCACUCUGUGGCAUUGUCCUUCUUCACCCUGGAGAGAGAACAACUGUGAUAAAGACAAUGAAGUGGCCUGGAUUACCUGCUCAGAAGAUCUAAAUUAUCGUGUAUUACGAAGCCAUCUGAAAUGCUUCUCAUCUACCCAUCACAGACAGUGCUCAAAUCACCUGCCUCUCAGGCUGAGAGGAGGAACUGGAAUCUGCUCAGGGAGGCUAGAGGUGUAUCAUAAUGCUGAGUGGGGAUCCAUCUGUGAUGAUCUUUGGGACAUCAGGGAUGCUCGGGUGGUCUGCAGGCAGCUGGGCUGUGGGUCGGCGCUGAGUGCUGAUGGGAGUGCUGUCUUUGGUGCUGGUGAAGGGCCUAUCUGGCUGAACAGAGUGAAGUGUAGAGGGAAUGAGUUUCACCUGUGGGACUGUCCUCAUUCCCUGAAAAAACACACUGACUGCUCCCACAGGCAGGACGCUGGAGUCACCUGUGCAGUUGGUCGGCCAGUGAAGAGAACAAACACUCUUCUACAAGCUCUUCCAACUGCUGCUGUUCCAUCCAUCUAUCCAGUGUCUCUCCUCAUCCUGGGAACAGUGCUUUUUCUGGCCUUAAUACUUCUGAUAGUGCUGUUUUAUCAGAACAGAGUGCUCAGGAGAGUGCUCUCUAAGAAGAUGGAGAACAUAGUCUAUGAAGGCCUGAGAAGAGGGCUUGAGGGAGUCUAUGAAGGCUUGAGUAGGGGCACUGAGAGAGUCUAUGAGGAGAUUUACUGCAGAUUCAAUACUGCCAGAGCCACUCAAAGGGGAAGUCUCCUCUCUGAAGCACAGCAUUCAGGAUAUGAGGAUGUGGAUGAGGAGCUCUUCCCAGGAAGUAUCCUCUCUGAAGGUCAGCAUUCAGGAUAUGAAGAUGUAGAUGAAGAGCUUCUCUCAGCAAAGUCUCUGUCUGGAAUGAAAUCAGAAUAUUACGAUGAUGUCACCAGUGGUCUGACAAGUGAAUCAGAAAAAGAAGACAUAGCAAAUAACUAUGAUGAUGUCAUCACCACUGGACAGAUCUCUCAGAGUGUCAUAGAGACCAUCACCAUGGUCUGCCAGUCCAAGGGUACUGUUCCCAAGGUUCCUGUGACACCGCAGAGGCAUGUCAGCCUUGACAGCCCCACAACAUCCAGAAGUAAGCCUUUCUGGGCAAAUCUCAACCACCCCUGGUGCCUUGCCGCCAAGGAGCUUGCCAUGGCCCUGACUCCCGUAAUAGAGGCAUGUCUCUUGAGUCUAGGAGUUCCUGAACCUCUUCCACUGACCAACAGUAUCCUUAUUAAAAGUCAGAGUUUCUCCUCCCCUGCUGAGUACAGCUUGAGCAAAACCACUCCGACCACUCCCGAGUCACCGAACAGUUGUCCAGAACCUCCUUAA